CAUUGGUGUCAGUGGGAGGAAUAGUUGCCCCAUCAUUGGUUUCACUGUGACACUAAUGAUGGGACACCAUUAUUGGUGUCAGUGGGAGGAAUAAUGCCCCAUCAUUGGUGUGUCAGUGGGAGGAAUAGUGCCCCAUCAUUUGGUGUCAGUGGGAUGAAUAGUGCCCCAUCAUUAGGGUCAAUGGGAGGAAUAGUGCCCCAUCAUUAGUGUCAAUGGGAGGAAUAGCGCCCCAUCAUUGUCAGUAUGCGGAGCUCUAAUAG